GUUAAUGCUGUGAACAGUGUCCUUCAGCUUAUGCUUGAAAAUGAAAUAUUGCUGUUGGACCUUACAAAAGCAAUAAUAUCAACACCGCAGCGAAACUAUCAACUAAUAAAGGAGUCACUGUGGCAACACGCAGCUGAAAUCUGCUGUCUUCUUUUUUUGUCCACCGGAUGCCGCAAGGUUGUCUUUGGCUGGGCGUUUGAAGUAGUUGUCGGGGUUCUUUGUGACGAGAUGGUUGAUCUGUCGAGUGAGUGCAACGGAUUGCAUUUCAAAGCAACAAAAACGACAUCUACGCAACUUGAAGACUCAUUCAUCCGCAAACUCGCGCUGAAAAUCAAAAAGAUCACACCAAAUAUGUUUAAAAUGUUACUCACACUUCUGGAUGUGAACCCAGGGCGAAGACGGAAUUUUUCAGCGGCAGACAUAGAAGAUAUGCUGCGAGCAUAUGAGGAGGACGGGCACGAGGAUGAAGAGAUGGACUUAGGUGAGUUUGGAGGGGAUGAU